CUGUGCAAAGAAGGAAUUGCGCUGUUGCCUCUGGAUCCAACGCUCCUUUGUUCGGGAGCUAGAGCCAGAGGCCUAUCUUUAAUUUCGGUUUGAGCAGGAAUAGCUCGCAUUGGUUUCGCAUUAGUACAUAAUAGGCUGCACCGGCGAAACAAUAAAGUUUGCUCGCGGUGCUCGCAGUCCCGCCUUGCUUCUACCUCCCUGGCAUCUGCUAUUGCAUUAGAGAGCAACAUAUAAGUCGCAUACCGUACCCAGAGUCGCUUUACAAGCCCGCGCGCGAAGCCUCAGUCCGCAUGUCGCCCACUUAAAUAGCUGCCGGAGCCGCACCCUGACAGUCCAGCCAUCAUGGCAGCGAACGAAGGUCAACCAACGCUGCUGACAUGCUGCAUCGUCAUCGACGGGCCCUCUGGCGUGGUGACGCGGGCGCUCCCGCCACUGGGCCCCCAGCGGCAACCUCACCCGCACCCGCUGCGCGCCUUCGCCGGCCACCCCCGGCAGGCCGCCUUUCAUCCCCCCCACUGGCCGCCAUCCGCCUCACCAGCCCUGCACGAACCGCCCGUGCCGCCCAUCCCGCGGACGCAAACGCUGGUGUCGUUCUUCGGCUCGCGAGAACUGCGGCCGUUGCUGGGCGCCGACGGCCGCUGCGGGCUGCAGCUGGGCCCGCCCCUACAGCUAUUCGAGGCGCCGCCCGCCCAACUCCCUCCGCCUCCGCCUCCGCGUCCCGCCCAUGCGCAUGCUCCUCCCCCUCCACACCUGGGCCGGGAGGCGCCGCCGCCACCCCUCCACGGCCCCCACGGCCACGGCCCUCCACACCACCACCACCACGCGCCGCCGCCACGGCGGCCCUUCGCCCCCGCCGCCGGCUUCGGCCACAUGACCUGGUGCCCCUUCAGCUCCUGCCUUUACAUCAUCGCGGGCCAGGCCAUUCUCCGUCUGACUCACGACGAUUCCGUCAGUCUGGUGGCAGGCGACGCCUCCGAAACCCUUCGACGCGACGGCCCUGGGCCGGGCGCGCGCUUCGUGGCCCUUCGUUUCCUAACUGCAGACGGGCGAGGCAGCCUGUAUGCGGCGGACGGGACGCGGCUGCGGCGCAUCCGCCUGCCGGCGGCGUGGCGGGCUGGGAACGCCUGGGGCGGCCUAGAGGCGGUGGCGGAGGCGGAGGUGGGGGCGGUGGAGAGGGAAAUGGAGGAUGGGGCUGGCGGGAACGGCGGCGUUGAGGCGGAUGGGGCGGGUGCGGAGGCGGGCGCGGAGGGAGAGGGGCGUCCGGAGGGCGGAGACGGCGGCGCUGCUGCCUCUGACAGCGACGGCGAAGCCGGCGCUGACGCCGAGGCUGAGGGCGAGGGCGAGGACGAGGACGAUGAGGGACCGGUGGCGGCGGCGGAGGCGCUGGUGAGCACGCUGCCUUUCGAGGCGGCGGCGGAUGUGUGGGGGCUGACCUAUGACGCCUCCCGCGAGUACAGCCAGCUGCUGCCGGGCGAGGGGCUGGACGGGUUCGUGGAGGCCGGUAGCGGCGUGGGAGGCGACGGCGACAGCCUUGGCGUGGCGUACGGCAGUGGGGCAGUGUACGGCGACGGCAUGGGCCCGGAUGCUGGCCCCAGCGGCCGCGGCGGCUGGGCGUACGGCGGCGGCGGCGGUUACGCGUACGGCGGUGACGGCGGCGGCGCCGCCGCCGCCGCCAGCGCCGGGCGGCAGGGGCGGCGGCGGGGCGGGCGUGACGUUGGGGCCGGUGACGCCGAGGUGUGUGGCGGCAGCCUCAUCUACAACACCGAUACCGCCAUCUAUCGCGUGCCCCUGCCACGGCCGCGGCCGCGGACUCGGACUCGGCGGGGCCGGCAACGGCACGGCGCCGGCGCUGGCGCCGGCGCCGGCGCCGGCAACGGUGCUGGUGCUGGUGCUGGUGCCAACGGUGGCAGGGCUCCCGGCGCCGGUGCUCGGUCAGGCAACGGCGGCGGCGGUCCAGGCGGCGGAGGCGGCGGCGGCGGCGUGCUGGCACCGUGGCUGCUGGCGGGUAAUGAGUUUGAGGCGGGCAGCACGGACGGGCGCGGCGAGGAGGCGCGCUUCCUUAACAUAUUCGGGCUGGUGGUGGACGGCUGCGGCUGUGUGUACCUGGCCGACCGCGACGUGGAGCGCGGCGUGAGCGUGGUGCGCCGAGCCACGCCCGACGGCGCCGUGGCGGUGGUGGCGGGUGGCCUGGCCAACGACCUGGGUCGGCCCGCGCUGCUGCCCAACGGCCACCUAGCGCUAUGCAGCUACGACGUGGAGGGGGUGCACGUGGUGGCCACGGCGCUGGCGCCGCCGCCGGGGCACGCCGCCGCCGCGGCGGCGGCGGCGCGGGCGGCGGCGGCCGCGGCGCGCAGCGCCGCGGAGCUGCGGCGCGCUGUGGCGGCGGCGGUGGCGGGUGGCGGCGGCUACGGCGCCGGCGCCGGGCUUGGAGGCGGCUUUGGGCUGGGUUUGGGGAUGGGGAUGGGAUUGGGGAUGGGAGGGGCAGGAGGAGGAGCAGGAGGAGGAGCGGGGCCGGCGGCGGCGGUGCGGCGGACGCUGGCGGCCGACUGGGGCGCGCUGCUGGACACGCCGCCGGACGGCAGCACCGACCUUACCAUCCGCGUGGGCGAGCGGCGCUUCGCCGUACACCGCCUGGUCCUGUCCUGCCGCUGUGACUACUUCCGCCAGCGCCUGGCGGCAGGCGGCGGCUUUGCGGACGCAGCCGCGGCGGAGCUGGAGCUGCCGGACGCGGACGCCGACGCCUUCGCGCUGCUGCUGCGCUGGCUGUACACGGGCGGCGUGUGCGUGCCGGCGGCGGCCGCGCAGGCGGUGGCGGAGCUGGCGGAUCGGCUGCUGCUGCCGGAGCUGUGUGCGGAGGCGCAGGGCGUGGCUCUGCGCGGCGUGGGGCCGGACAGCGUGGUGGGGCUGAUGCUGUGGGCGGAUUCGUGUGGCCCCGCCUUCUCGCAGCUUCUGGCAGCGCUGAAGGGGUGGUAUCUAGAGCACCAGGAGGAGGUGGUGACGACGGCGCCGGACAGCCUCCGGCGGCUGCGGCAGGCGCCGGACCUGGCGGUUGAGCUGCUGGUGGCGGCGGCGCGGCGCGCGGCGGCGGUGGCGGCGGCGGCCGCGGCGGCGGCGCCGCCGGCGGGGCAGCGCCCCGGGCAGCAGCAGCAGGGACAGCAGUCGCUGACGUUUGUGUUUUAGUGGUCGGGCCACGGGCGUGGGUUGGGAGGCGUGGGAAUGGAGUGCAAGAAUUGCAAGAAUUGGUGAUAAGCGGCAGGGGGAGCGGCAGCGGCCACGGUAGGGGCAGAGGCGGAAGCAGGGAGCGGGAGAUGACAAUGCGCGGUUUUGCACUUGCACUUGACAUUCACGGCAUUUGCAAGGGGUCCGUGUGUGGCCAGUAGGGAUAGGUGUAUCGAGAUGGCGUAAAAGCGUUACGGCUGCUGACAAGUGUUGAUGACUGGAAGAUGCACGAACGUAAACGUGCAUGAGUGCGCGCGUGAGCUCUUGCCACGUUUUACGUGUUACGUGUUAGCAAAUCGCAAGGGGAAAGAGCCACAAGGGCAAUGUUGCUUGUGUGUUUGUGCGCCCCGCCAAUUGCACGCGCAUGCAGUGCGUGUGCGCAACAAGCGGGCUAUGUCGUAACCUUGUUUGCAAACAACCUGCAACUGCUAUGUGCAUUACGAAUGCCCUGCGCAUGGACGCGCACACGGGUCAUUGGUGCCCAUUGCGUAAUGCGCCUAAGCUACUCCAAGGUCUGGUGCGGUACGGCCCUGUGGGCUGUGGCAUGCGCCCCACUUACUUUACCAAGCAUGACGACACCACACCAGGUGACCAGCCUGAAGUCAUCAGGCAUUGCAAUUCCCACAUUCCUCUCACCUUCCUGCCAAAUCAACCAAACGUGCGUUCCAGACAACCCAGCCAGCGUUCAUCUGCCGGGCAUGGGACUGGGUGGUGCAGGGCUCAACGGAGGCGGGGGCGGGCUUUGGCGGCAGCGGUGGGGGUGGCGUUGGGGGCGGGUUAGGGGGUGACAGCAGACGUUGAGGUGGGGGCGGAGUGGGAGUUUGGAGGCUGGGCGGAGGGGGAGGUGGCGGCGCAGGGCUGGGCGGCGCAGGACUGGGCGCUUAUGGCCUUAUGGGCGAGGGCUGGGAGGUAUAGUUACGAGGGAGGUUAUGCUGGAGGGUAGCACGGUGGGUAGGGAGGCGCCGGGGGCAGUGGAGGGAAGCGGCGGCAGUGUGGGCGGAACGCCCGCCAAGAUGAGACACGAUGAGAGGCACGGCCGAUGGCGCCGAGUUAAGCCAUCACCACGCCCAGUGUUCCGGCCAGUUGUAAUAGAUCUACUGU